ACUGUUUAUAAUUACGAAAAUCAGUAUCAAUAUCUAAUAAAAUAUCAUAAAUUUUGUUCUUAUUUCGAUAAUAAAUACAUACAAAAAUUAAAAAGCUCUUAAUUUACCAUGCAUUAAAGAAAUGUUUCUGUUAAGAAUAGCACACUUAUUGAAAAUAGAUAAUUGUAAUUGAAUAUCAACAUUUUUUACUCUUCUUUGAUUUGAAGCAACUUGUAUAGAUUGCAACCACCUCCACAAAUGAAUUAAAUUGAAAAUUGGUCAGCGCAAUUAAAAUAUGAGCGAAAGUAAAUCUAUAGAAAAUCUGAAACGUUUCAAAAAGAUUCCUAUAUAUGUAGUGGAGGAGCAUAACGAUGCCUUACAGUUUAUAUACUCAGCUAUCGGUGGAAAGAAAUUACCGUUAGAAGGAACGACUUUAUUGCACUUAGAUGCUCACCCAGACAUGCUUAUUGAUCGUAAAUUAAAAGGAGAGGAAGCAAGGGCAGGGAGGAAAGUUUUGCAAUUAUUACAAAUAGAAAAUUGGAUUGUGCCGGCGGCGGCCGCCGGACAUAUAAAACGCGUGGUUUGGAUUAGACCACCGUGGGCGAAUCAAUUUGCCGACGGCUCACGGUUUAUUCACGUCGGAGACCACCCCGUUACGGGCUUUCUCCGAGUAGAUAGUAAAGAAAAUUACUAUUUGUCUGAUGCACUUUAUUCGUCACAGCUUGUGAACAAAAGAAAGUUUAUGCUAACAGUCGCAGAACUAAGUAAUCGUGCAGAUUGUGAUAUAGAGCAAUUAAGUAAUCAGCUCGCUAUCGACGUCCCAUUUGUUCUCGACAUCGAUCUAGAUUUUUUCAGUACCGCAAACCCGUUCUUAAAUAUAUAUGAAAGCAUAGGAUUGUACGAUUUAUUGGAAGAUAUAUUCCGUUUCGAUUUGCUUGAAAAGGAUGACAUUGAAGCCUUAGAAUUAAUUAUGCAGUCUCGUGAACAACAAUUGCAAGAACUAGAAGACCUAUUUUUGCAUUUAGAAGAGCAUGGCAAUUUAACGGAAUAUAAAGGAAAUAAAUCAGAACAUUAUCACAAGGUAUUUAAUUUAGUUCCAAUAAUAAUGCAAGAAGCCAAGCGAUUAGGUGAACGCCCCGACUGGUGGGCUGUGUUCGCGGGAGGCUGUACGAGGGACCAAGGAGGACUCCCUCAUCACAUUAGCACUGAGGAUGAAAUUAAACAAACAAUUGAAAAUUGUUUAAAGCCCUUUUUGGAACGGUUACCGAAACCAGUAUUGAUUACUUUGGCAAGAUCUACAGAUGAUGGAUAUUGUCCUCCUCAACAGGUAGAACUAAUACAAUCACACGUGCUGCGUAUUCUUAAAGAAGUUUACGAUAGCGAAGAACCUGUGUUACAUUACCUACAAAGGGAUGCAAAGGAAUAAAAUUAUCGUAAUAUUUUAGUGUUAAUGUUGUAACUACCUACUUAAUAUUGAGUAAGAUUAAAGUGUUAUUUUUGAA